GACUAGGAGGCCUUUGUGGGUGGAUGAAGUCAGGUCACGUGGUCACUUUUCCUUUUUUCCCACACAAACACACCCACAUACAUCCUCACCCGCCAGCCUCCUUUUCUCCGCUUCGUGCGGCCGCCACUCGCCUCCUUCUGAAUCCCGUAAGUGUGCGCAAUGUAUCCACAACAGGACUAAUAUCCACCUUUUUUGGAGCGUCUUCUGUGGGGGAAGAGAAAUUCCGACUGCGCGGCGUCCGGAGAACUUUUGAGAUUCAAGAGGAAGCGUAGGAGGCAGGAGGUGGUAGAAGAGGCUCUGCUGGAGGAUGAGUCUGUUGGAGGUGAGGCAGUUGGCAGGCUCGCUGACGCUGUCCCUGUCCAGCAAUGACUCCAAGGAACGCUGCUGCGAGAGCGACCCGGACAGCCUCCGCAGCCGGGCCAUGUCGCCGGACCUGAGGCAGGACUUCAACAUGAUGGAGCAGAAGAAGAGGGUCACCCACAUCCUGCAGAGUCCUGUGUUCAAAGAUGAGCUGGAAGGCCUGAUUCAGGAUCAGAUGACCAAGGGCAACAACCCCACAGGUCUCCUGGCCUUGAGGCAGAUAGCCGACCUGGUCAUGGCCAGCACGGUGGGAGGGGCCGGGCCCUUGACGUCACCCAUCAGCUUGGGAAUGGUGUCUCCGAUCAAUGACUUGUAUGCUGUGGAGUCCCCAUCCUUUGCCAAAGGCGAGAAGCCGAGCCGCUGCAAGCUGGCCAGCCUCUACAGGCUCGUUGACCUUUUCAGCUGGGCUCGUUUCACCAGUUCCUACAUCACUGUGCGUGUCAACAAAGAACAAGACCAUGUUCUGAUCAGUCCGAGAGGCCUUUCUUUUGCUGAGGUGACCGCAGCAACUUUGGUAAAAGUGAACAUGAUCGGUGACGUCGUGGACCAGGGCUCAACCGACUUGGGCAUCGACCACUUCGGAUUCGCCCCUCACGCCGCCAUCUACGCCAUGCGGCCCGACUUGAGAUGCAUCGUCCACGUCCACACGCCCGCGACAGCUGCCGUGUCCUCCAUGAAGUGUGGAAUACUGCCCAUUUCCCAGGAGGCCUUGCUCCUUGGAGACGUGAGCUGCUUCGGUUACCAUGGCAGCCUGGAUAAUAAAGAGGAGAAGGUGGAGUUUCAGAAAGCUCUGGGCCCGACUGCCAAGGUGAUGAUCCUAAGGAACCACGGCCUGCUCGCUUUGGGACAAACCGUAGAGGAAGCCUUCCACUACAUGUACCACUCACAGCAAGCGUGCGAAAUCCAGGUGCAGGCUUUGGCGUGCUCGGGCGGCGUGGACAACCUGGUGCUCCUGGACAGGGAGAAAUUCAAACCCCUUACACAGGGAGCGGCCGCUGCCGGGGUGCCCGUGAGCAACGACUUCAAGUGGAAAGUGGGAGAGGCCGAGUUCGAGUCCCUGAUGAGGAUGCUGGACAACCUGGGAUACAGAACAGGCCACUCGUACAGGAAUCCCAUCGUCCGCGAAAAGCCCCGAUCCAAGAACGACGUGGAGAUCCCCGCCACGGUGUCCGCGAUCCUGUCGGACGACGACGACGAAGCGGCGGGCCUGCGCAGCCCCUUCAAGUUGAAGGCGCAGAGGCAGCAACGGGAGCGGACGCGCUGGCUCACCUCGCCCAACAGCUACUUGAGGGUGAACGUGCCGGACCGCUCGCCCAGUGGCGACGUCAGCCCCAGAACCAAAACAAUGUGGAUGACGUCAUCAGAACCGGGCAAAAGCAAAGGCACCCCAAUUAAGAUUGAAGACCCCAACCAGUUUGUCCCGCUCAACACUGACCCCACGGAAGCGCUGCACAAGAGGAACCGGAUAAAAGAGCAGCACAGAGGCGACCAGAUGACGUCGGGUCCAAAGUCCCAUUUACUGGCCGGCAUCGUUGUGGACACCAUCCCGGGACCAGCUUUCAUCACGGAGGAUGAAGGGCUCACUCGCUCUUUACCGCCCAAUCCUUUCAACCAUCUGACCGAGGAGGUGCUGGAGGAGUACAAGAGCCUGGUGGAGCGAAAGCAACUAGGCCAAGACGAAGACGAAGAUGCCACAGAUGCGGACGAGAUGACCACGUUCGAUGGCUCCACAAUCUCACUCUCCCUUUCUCCCAUCAUGACACCAAUCAAGCUAGACACGAUAACCAACGGGAAAGACCACUUGUCCGAUCUGGACGAGGACCUGAGCCUGGAGGUUUCCAAGCUGAGCGUGAGCGCUUCAGAAUCGCUGCAAAUCUCCAUGAGUGUCAAGGACAAGACCCCGGAGGGCAAGAAGAAGAAGAAGAAGAACAAGUUCCGCACGCCUUCCUUCCUGAAGAAGAGCAAGAAGAAGGAAAAGAGCGAGGUGUGCGCACAUUAAUGUGGAAAAAACAAAAAGUGGCUCUUAAUGCUAAGAUGGAGCCUUCUUAAUACGAAUGAGGGAUGUAAACAAGUUGAGAUUUUAGUGCUCGUUUGGCCUGUGUGUUUUUAUGAAUGGGCGUUCAAGAGACAAACUUCUGAAGCUCUGAAGAUUUUUUCCUUUUGCACAAAUCCCUCGUAUGAAUGUAUCGAUACGAGCACGCCCGUUGGUUGUGUAAUGGUGGCCGGUAAUAUACAGUCAACGGCCUUAAAAGAAGUACGAUUUUUGUAUCUGAAAAGACAUUCCUGAUUAUACUGUUGUGUUGGUUUGUAACGGGUGUGGGGAACCUUCGGCUCACGGGCCAAUAGCGCCUCGGAAAAGUAAGACGUCUUUGCUCGGGAAUAUUUCGAGUUCUGUCUCAUAAAUUCAUGAACUUGUUCUAGUGCUAUCCAUCCAUUUUUCGUACCACUUAUCCUCACGUGGGUCGCGGGCGUGCUGGAGCCUACCACAGCUAUCUUCGGAGAGACCAUGAACUGAUCGCCAGCCAAUCGUAGGGCACAUAUAAACAAACAACCAUUCACACCUAUGGGCAAUUUAAAGUCUUCAUUUAACCGACCGUGCAUGUUUUGGGGAUGUGGGAGGAAACCGGAGUACCUGGGGAAAACCCACGCACGCACGGGGAGAACAUGCAAACGCCAUACAGGCGAGGCCGGAUUUGAACCCGGGUCCUCAGAACUGUGAGGCAGAUGUGGUAACCAGUCGCUCACUGUGCCGCUUCUAGUAAUAUGAUUUUAUUCUGGUCAAUUUAAAAAAAAAAAAAAAAAACGCAUUUUACUUACUA